AUGACGAUCAAUGCAGAUGCAUCUAGUUCGACAUUUCCAUUAGAUCUUAGGAAUCUCGUAUUCGAGUAUUUAACGGCCAAUGGCUAUGCUAACACAGCUCAAUCGAUGCUCAACGAUGAAUCGAAGAGAGUAGGGUCCAAGAAACUACAGCAUCUCGACAAGAGGAAACGAGAACAGGAACUUGAGCAGGUAGAUUUGGCAAGGAAACGUAGAGGCAAGUGCCUCCUCCGAGACCACUUUCCAGAUCUUCCCUAUUCAGAAACACCCUCGACAUCUGGUUCCUCUUCCCCAACCCUGACACCACGCUCGAGGCAUCUACCACUUCCCACUUUCUCGACGUGGCCAACGGGAUCCUGCAUACCUCCACCUGAGAAGACUGGGACCAAAGUGGAGGAGCUGUAUGCAACCUCGUAUGGGCUCAACUACCCACUCCAUCGGAAUCUCAGUCCUACUAUCAUAAAUCUGCGGCUGAGACUUCAAGGUCUCGUCGAAGCCGCAAGGACAGUACCGCUCCCUUCCCUAUCCCGCAACUCGUGCACCAAUGUCGUACCGCAACCACAUAGUGGUGUCGCAAACACUUCAAAGAGAUCGCCUACACCCAAUCAGAACCGAAGGCCUUCCUCAGAGGGUCUUGCGCGUCGGGCUCUGUUGCACUCCAAAGCUGAAUCCAUCACCCACACCAUCCACGGUAUUUCAGACCUUUCCUUGCAAUCUGAGCUGUUGGAUCAGUUAGAAGAUGCGAUGAGGGCAUUAUCAUAUGACCGACCGGAAGCCGUCUUGAUCCCUUCUCCCAUCACAAAACCAACGACCCAUCGCGCCUCUUUGGUGAAUUCACUCCUAGGUGUGCAGAACAGAGACGUUCUGUACAAGUUACAAAGAAAAGACCUGACGCACAUUCGGUCCAUUCUCUAUCGUCCGUGGUCAAGAGUCGCGGAUUGCGAUAAAAGUGACGAAAAGAUGGUACAAGUGGCCGACUGGUUUGGUUAUACUCGUCGGGUAGAGCUCGCUGAACUACUCGACCAAUCCCUCCUACACUCCCUAGGCUCUUCGCCAACAUCACUCUUGACCAUGUUGGCACUUCAGACCAGCGCGGUAUUUUCCUGCAUUCAUGGCCUCUCAUUGCCCUGGGCGAGCAAGACCGAAUGGCAUGGAAAAGAGGUAGAGCCGCUUCAGAGGUUCGAACUAGAAGAAUGGGACGCCAUUACGGAAAAGGAGAGAGCACAAGUGGAAAGGACACUAGAUGGGUUACCUGGAGGAAAUGACGAGGAGAAGCUUGGGUGGUGGGAUGGUGUUCGGCGGUGGCUUGGACAUGGCGUACGAAGAGAGGUGUACGACUGGGCCUCAGACACAUCCUCGUUCCAGUCAGAGACAGACGACCUCUACUACGGAAACUGGCACGGAUUCGGUUUUCAGGUGGAUUGGACGCUUCCAGAUUGGGAACACGACCCAGACGAGGUGGGACGGUUACUCCGUUCGGUUGAAGAACAAGAGCGAGGCAAGAGGUGGGAGAGGCUUUGGUUUGACGAAUUAUAUCCAGGUCUAUAUACCCCAAAGGAGAGUGUCCUGAAGACUUCGGCAUCACAUCCAACAUUUUCACAAAAGGUUCUGUGCACACCGAAUAGAUAUGCGGCCGAACGUGUGGGUGGAAUGAGAAUAUCUACACCUUCGCACCUACGCCGAACAGCUUUGUCGACACCCUCGUCUAACGCAUCGUUAUUGGCUUCGCAAACUAGAUGGCAGAGCACCACUGCCGACACUGCAGCCAAGGAGACUCCAGUAAGCGAGUCUUCUGCCUCUGGUUCCACGACAAAUGGCGCCAGUGCUGAGACGAAGCCUGCAAAUGGCGAAAAGGCUGCUGAGCAAAAACAAGCAGACAAUGCCAAGAAUGGCGAUAAGUCCAAAGAAAAGGCCGAGCUGGAGAAACUAAAGGAAGAAAGGGAUGAUUUAAUGUCGAGACUACGAUACUUGCAAGCCGACCUCCAGAAUGCUCAGCGGAUUGCCCAAGUUGAAAAAGACAAGAUGAAAGACUUUGCAAUUAGCAAGUUUGCUG